AUGUCUAUUCCUGGUAACCAAGUGAGGUUUACGAUAACGGGUUCUAAUUCUAGUGUCCCGGUUCCCAUGGAGCUCCAGCCACAACUAGCUCCUGAAAUGGCUGCAUCUUUAAAUGCGGAGAAGGCUGCCAGCACAAAUGCAAACACUAUUGAGAAACGAAGCUCAAAUGGUAAUACAAGUGCAACAAAUGAAAAACCAAGACCACAUGUAUGUGGCACUUGUGGGAGGGCUUUCCAUAGACUGGAACAUCAAACGAGACAUAUGAGAACACACACAGGGGAGAAACCUCAUGCUUGCGAUUUCCAAGGUUGUACGAAAAGAUUUAGUAGAAGUGAUGAACUGACGAGACACAAGAGAAUCCAUACAAAUCCAUUCCCAAAGGGUAAGAGAGGUAGAAAGAAGAAGGUUCUUACCGCAGAAGAAAUAGAACUGCAGGAAAAGAAAGAACAAGAAAAAAUAUUAAAUAAGUCGAAAAAUCCAAGAGGUAGAAAGAGUAAGAAGAUGUUGGAAAUGGAAAAACAACAAAAAGAACAAACUAAUCAUAACAACAAUACUAUGCUACCGCAAGAGUCAUCGAACAAAGUUGACUUAUCUUCUCCAAUAAAUAAUACAAAUCAUGUCGUUUCAAAUGUUAGAUCCAGAUUCAAUGCUUUAUCUUCCCUACAGAUGAUGACACCUUUAGGAUCCGAUUCCUCUUCGGUAUCUAUAAAUAAGCAGCCAAAUACAAGUUAUAUGGACACGCCAGAUAACGUGAGACCUAUAAUAUUACCAAGACCAAAAUCUCUAACAAAUAUGAAUCAAACCACAUCUUUGGCGAGGCCAAACUCUUUGGUUAAUUUCCAGAAUUUUAGAAAUCGUAGUGGUACGGAUUUAUAUGGGUUACAACCUCAACCGUUGACUUCAGCAAGAAUAAAAAGACCGAAUUCCGUUUUGACAUUAAGUGAUCUUGUUACACAAUCAAAAGAUCCACAUAGCAUAGUAAACUCGGAUACAGAAGAUGGAAAUAGUGAUGAUGAUUUAAGAGAACCAGGCUCUCAAGAUAAUACAUUCUAUAAUGAAGAUAACAAUAAUCAAAUAAGGAAAAAAUCAAAACCUUCAACUCCAACUAAGAUACUGAGCAGGAAUGGUAGUAACACAAAUUUAUCAGCUAUGAAACUAUCAAGUACACAUUUGAAUCAAAUGGAACAUGGAUCCUUUAUAAACAAUAACUUAAUGACCCCAUCAAUUAACAAUCAAUUUUCAAAUAGUUCUAGCAACAGUAACAUAUUCUCAAAUUCUAUGUCUACUACACCAAAUCAGCAAUCAUUUACUGAUAGUCUAAGUUCUAAAUUAUUUGAGAUUCAAAGACAGUCAAUGGUACAAUCGUACCAAACAAAUGACCCUCCCUUAAGACCAAUAACUUCAUCAAGCAAUAUGCAAACACCAGUACAAGAUAUCAAUAGUUCACCUUCAUUCUCACGAGAAUCUAGAAGUGAAGUGAAUCUUACUGAAGAAAAUAGACUUCAUAAUACUCUACCGCCUUUAAGGAGUUUACAACUUCAGUUUCCUACUGAUUAA